GUAAAUUCAGACAUUCAUCCACCCAUAUUGCUUCAAUGUCGUUAACCCCGUUCGAGAAGGCUGCCAGCGGUGCGUUGGCCUCUGCCAUCGCCAACACCUUGGUGUAUCCCCUCGACUUGUCCAAGACUGUGAUCCAGACACAAGUACACAAGGCCCCCAAGGAUAGUGGCGAUUCCGAGUCUCCCAAGCCCCAGCUCAAGUACAAGAGCACGGUGGACGUAUUGCAACAGAUCUACGCCAAAAAGGGUGUGUUGGGAUGGUACCACGGGUUGUUCUCGUCCAUCCUCGGAUCGGCAUCCCAGAACUUCUCCUACUUCUACUGGUACACCAUCGUCAAACGAGUCCACGCCAACUUGAACAAGCACCUCCCCAACUACAAGCCCAGCACCUUGACCGAGUUGUUCCUUGGAGCCCUCGCAGCUGCCAUUUCCCAGAUGUUCACCAUGCCCAUCGGAGUCAUCACCACCCAGCAGCAGACAGACAAGACCCACAAGAGCUUGGCCCAGUUGACACGCGAGGUGGUGCAGCACGACGGCAUCACUGGCUUGUGGAAGGGCUUGCGCGUGUCAUUGGUGUUGUGCAUCAACCCAUCCAUCACCUACGGGUCCUACGAGAGAUUGAAGCAGAUCAUGUUCGGGUCCAAGGAGUUCUUGGGCCCCUUGGAGUCGUUCUCCAUCGGGGUGUUGGCCAAGUCGUUGGCUACACUCGCCACCCAGCCUUUGAUCGUGUCCAAGGCCAUGUUACAGAAGAAAACCAAGCGCAAGGGCGAGAAGCUGGGUGACGACGAUGACGACGAGGACGACAUCAAGUUCGAGCACUUCACCGAGGCCUUGGCCCACUUGUGGAAGACCGAGAAGUUCCGCGGUUUGUACAAGGGUAUUGCGCCUCAGCUCGUCAAGGGAGUGUUUGUCCAGGGGUUGUUGUUCAUGUUUAAGGACCAGAUCGACAUGCUCUUCUUGCUCCUUUUGAAGCUCAUCAAGAAGAGAAGGGGCUUGAAGCUUGCCUAGACGCGCCUGCUGGUGCCACCACACUAUAUACAAGAUAUAGAUUCGGGAAUCAUAUUUAUUCGACACUGAG